GCCAGAGUACAACCAAGUCAUUUCUCCACAGUGCUAAACAUUUAUAGAAAACGUUAAAACAAAACAAAAAACAAAACAAUUUACGCUCGGCUCAUAUGUAGCUCGCUAACACCCGUACCAAUAUUUAUUUCUCCAGAUGUAUCAGCAAGUCCAUGUUGACCAAAAAUACGUGGUUGGAGGGACUUUUGGCAAUUAGGGCGUUGACAAUGCUAGACCUCAUCAUCAUUAGCAGCAGAAAUAGAAAAAGCCUAAAUGAUAUUCGAUUAACUAGAUGAAGUGGGCUUUGUUGAAGCACUUAGUGAAUUCAGUGCAGGAGGCAAGCUGGUACUAUACUCAAACUUUUCAUAUGACAUGUGUUUGUCUUUGAAUGACUCGGUAUUCUCAGUGUCAGGCUCACACGUCUCAGUGUCUUCAGUAUCGGACUCGCACGAAUCAAGAUCACCCAGCUCAGUCUCCGAGGAAAUGUCAGUAGCGGUAGGGGUCUCGCUGGUAUGCCCUUUUAUGGCACUGCUCAGCGUUGUUAAGGCAGCGUUUUCUAAUUUGGUGCCAUUUUUGUCGUUAAGAACACUGACAUCAAGAUCGAAGUUUGCUGCGAGGCUGUGGAUGAAUUCAACAAUAUCUUCCGAUUUUAUAGUUGCAAGGUCCAAACCAGGUGAAAGACUUUUCGGUUCGUUGUUGUUGAUUACAGCACCAGCACCCUCGGGUAUAAUAUUAUCUUUGAUAUUACUAGAUGCCGAAGAUAAGGAAUUGGACGAAGAAAUUGCAAUUUGAUCGAGAAUUCUGGAAUCAGAAUUAUUGGUGAUGGUAUUAUCGUCGUCGCACUUAUCGUCUUCCUCAUCACUAUUUGUGCUGCUACUCGGCUCUUCAUCCUGUUGAACCAGACUGCUGACAAGCUCUUUACCAGGAUUAGCUUCAUUUUCACUUGUAUUAUCGUCGUCGCACUUAUC